AUGGGUGUUGGAUUAAUGCGCAUCGAGAUGUUUGAUGGAAUGGAGCACACCUUGAUCGAUGUGAGACACGUUACUGAUAUGAGAAAGAGCUUGAUAUCUCUUGGUGCACUCAAGGGCCUCAAGGAAGGGGGCCUCAGCAUAUCGAAGAUCGAUGACUAUGAUUCACCGAGGGACUACGAUGAGCAUGGGACGCACACAGCAUCCACGGCUGCUGGAAGCAGGACGCCUAACGCAGACUACUUUGGCUAUGCUAAGGGCACAGCUGUUGGGGUUGCACCCAUGGCCCGCCUUGCUAUGUACAAGGUCCUAUUCUCCACGGACACGUUUGACUCAGCGUCAACCGAUAUCCUGGCCGGCAUGGACCAGGCAAUUUCAGACGGUGUGGAUCUGAUGUCAUUGUCAUUGGGAUUACCAGGAUUAUUGCCAUACGACGAACAUGUUAUUGCACUGGGAGCCUUUGCAGCGAUGGAGAGAGGGAUCUUUGUCUCAUGUUCGGCUGGAAAUAGUGGGCCACAAGCUUACACUAUUUACAAUGGUGCCCCUUGGAUAACCACGGUGGCUGCGGCUACCAUUGAUAGAGACUAUGCAGCUUCGAUCACCCUUGGCGAUGACAUCACAACCGUACAAAGAAAGUCAUUCUAUCCUGAGAGCACCUACAUCUCUGGUGUCCCACUUUACUAUGGACAUGGAAAUACUAGUAAGGAAGUCUGUGAUUACUACAGUCUUGAUCACAAAGAUGUAGCGGGCAAGAUCGUCUUUUGUUCGCUCGGGAACAUAUAUUCUCAGAAAUUUGAAGUGAAUAGGACCGGCGCUGAAGGGGCAAUCUUUACCACUGAUUCGGCCCAGUACUUGAAUCCCCGUAACUUCUUCAUGCCGUUCGUUGCGAUCAGCAUCAAGGAUGGAGAGAUCAUGAAAAGGUAUAUCACGAAGGCAGCCCAGCCACCAACAAUGGAUAUCAAGUUCCAGAUUACAGUGUUAGGAUCCAAGCCAGCGCCUCAGGUAGCCGAAUUCUCUUCACGUGGACCCAAUAUUGUGAGCCCAUGGAUACUAAACCCCGUAGCCCCAGGAGUCAAUAUCCUGGCCGCGUGGAUUCCCAACCGUGGAUUUCAACUGAUCCGCAAUGAUUUUAGGCUGUUAUACCAAAAAUGA